AUGCCAACAACGCCACGAAAGCCGCUAAUUAUUGAUACCACUUCCUUCUCAAAGGACACGCCAUCCUCAUUCAUAGAGAAAGAACGAGGAAAUGCAACCUGGCAUACACUCCUGUCUGCACCGGGAACCAUCAGCAAUUCUUUUACCAGUGGUAUCGCGACAUGUCCCCCUAACGGCGCUUUGGCACUUCAUCAACACACACAGGCUGAGAUAUACUACAUUCUAUCAGGCACAGGGGUAAUAGAAGUUGACGGGGUACGACACUCUGUCUCGAAGGGCAACCUUCUCUGGAUACCUGGAGAUGCAGAACAUGGGGUAUUUUGCGGCGAUGAUGAACUGAGAUGGCUCUACAUCUUCCCUGAAAGCAGUUUUGAUAACAUCGUGUAUCGAUUCAGCAGUGAGAUGGAGAACGCUGCAAAGAAAAUCAAGUCCAAGCUGUGA